ACUCCCUUUAUUCGUUUACCUGCCCGUAGGCACAGUAUGCGUUAUGGAUCUAUCUUUGAUAUUAAUUUUGUCAAGUUCUUCAUCGAGAGUUGUGAUCAGAUUGUUAGAUGAAGUAUUUUAUAUGCCUCCAUCAUUAUUCAGCAUUUGAGUGUGAUUAUCUUGGACGAGGAAGGUGCAGUCUGAAAGGAUUGAUAUAAAAAAAAAUCCUAAAAGAGUGCAACGUCGACCCCGAUACGCGCAAAAUACCCAACUCUAAAACUGGACACACUUCAAUCCAUUUUACGAAUAUGAAAUUAUGUUUAUGUCGACAUUUCCAGUGCUUUAAUUUGAACAUGAGACAACCGGAUCUCUAAUAAGGACUGAGUAUAUACAUUAUUAAUCUGAAAAUCUACUACCAGAUAGAAUUAAUAUUCUUCAAUAAAGAGUUGAAACCUAUGCAGCCUGAAGUUGGACAGAUCUCGAACUUGUGGUGUCAAAUUUGCAAACAUUUCGCGCCGGAUAGCAGGUGAACUACACUUAUGCGGAAGUAAUAACGCAGUAUACUUUUAGUGGGUCAGUUUCAUUAUAUACUGAAGUGGAUUUUUAUGUUCUGUAGUAAAAAUUUUCAUCAAAAUGUGUCAAUCGAUAUUAAAGCGAAGAGCUACCCUAUUCUUCUUGGUGACUUGUGGAAGUAUUGCCUGCAUGAUCUUAUUGGGGAUUGCUCUCGGUACAACCAGCUGGGUUAGGGCUUAUCUUACUCGUGAUAUCACUAUCUUCAAUACCUCACAACCUCUAAGGGGGUUUCUGGGUUCGAAUCCCAUCGAAGACGAUGAUCCUGGGGCGUUCAAUGGCGUAUCCUUCUUUGGACUCUUCUAUGGAUGCAAGAAAUUCAAUUAUGGACUGGGAGGACGAAAAUACGAAUGCUUUUCAAUUUUCAGCGAACACGCUACAGUCUACAACACGAGUAUGGUGAUCGUUGUCAUCAUCUUCCUCAUCCCUGCUGCCAUCUUCGCUCUCAUCUCAACCAUCUUCGGACUCGUCAACAUCUUGACCGUUCCCAUAGAUACCUUACACGGACCAAUCGGCCUCUACAUCUGGAAUCUGAUAGGAGUUCUGUGCAGUGCGAUAUCCAUCAUCGUCUAUCUAGUCAUCUACAUCACUCAAAUCCGCUUUCAAGUGCUCAACCGUACCGAUCGACAACCUCCUCAUAACUUUAACACCAGUCGGGUCGACUUCGGAUUCUCCUUCUGGCUCGUUGUCGCAACCUUCAUCAUCUUCUGUGUCAACAUCCUUCUCGUCUUCCUCGCCCAGCUGGUGGAGAACCCGCACCUCCUCAGCAGCAAGAAGAAGAAAAUGAAUGUGAGCGGGAAGGGAGGCGACAUCGGACUGGGCAUCAUGUACUGAUAACAAAAAGUGACUGAAUUCUUCGUUGAUGCAAGUCGAAUAUGCUUGCAAAGCGCAUGACGGAUUCAAGAACACAGUAAAUCUAUUGAAAAUACCCGCCUGCCAAAUGACAAUGAACAUCUCGGAGGUCUUUGUCGAAAUUGAACAGCACUUUGGUCGUAUGUUCCGGAGGUGACGAAAAAUGGCAAACGCGUCGCUUUAUCAAGAGUGCGGGAUGAAAAUGCUGUUUUGAUUCACUAGUUUUCGACAAAGACUUAUUGGUUGUUCAUUGUCAUGAAGGGAAAUUUGACAAUAUGUUCUUGAGUCCUUCGUGCGUUGUAGAAGUGAAAUGUCCCUGAUAUCAUCGAGAGCGAUGUUGUGUGCCCCGA